AUGGUGGAGGAGCGGAUAAGAGAAUUUGUGGCAAUGGCGCCAAUAAUGGCGAAGGCCGGGUUACAUCUCCGUCAGCUUCCUUUCCAUACUUUCUCUCUGUUUGAAACCCCAAAACUCCUUUCCCAUUUUCAAUACCCCUCAGUUUUUGUACCCAAUCAUCAUCAUCAUCAUCGUCAGUUUCUCGUGCUCUUCUCCUCAUGGAACCUUCAUAUUUGCAAGUGUUACAAAGCAGACGAAUUCAAUUUCGGCGCUGAAGAUGAUGAAACUGAAGAUUUUGAUGACAGUUUGGAGCAGUGGUUUGAUGUCCUCGAGGACUAUUUUGACAGCAUCUGGAUUUUCAAGGUUUUUGGAUCUUUUGGCUGGACACUUCCAUUUAUUCUAUCCUCAAUUCUUCUCGCAACUGGUCCAAAAGCUUUCCUAAUGGCGUUAGCCCUUCCUAUUGGCCAGUCGACUCUCGCAUUCGCAGCGCAAAUAUUACUGAAUUUGGGAAAGGCGAAGCCAAAUCCCAAGAACAAAACCAAUAGACAAAAAUCACGUGCUUACAGCUCAAGAAAAGGGAACUUUGAACCAAUUGCAGAGUGGAUUGACUUUAAAGGGCCACGAAAGAGGAAAAAAAGAUAUCAAACUCCGAUUGCGAAAAAUGAUGUUUCGGUUGGCAGUAGUAAUAGUGGGGCAACCGAGUUCGGGGGAUGGGACGAGUUAGAUGCAGGGGCUGAGUCCAUAUUUGGGUCUUCCGAGAAAGUUGGUCAAGAAUCAAACGUAAUGCGAGGCGGGCAUGAAGUAAAAGGUAAAAACGGGAAAUUGGGUAAAACUAGUAGUGGCCCUUUAUUACUAAGGUUGCUUGUUACCAUUUUCCCAUUUUUUAAGUUCUUGGACUAGGUUGUUGUAGUCAUUUUCUACAGGGGUAAAUAUCUUGGGUGAAGCAGUACAUUCUUCCAUUAUUAAAGCUACGGACAUCUUUUUAUUUAUAUGGCAAGAUUGAUUCUGCAAAAGUGUUUGCAGGAAACAAAUAUGUGGUUUAUAUUUUAGUUUCUGCACAUCCCUUUGUUCAGUUUCUCGUCAUAGAAUGUUUCCUAAAGUCUAAAGACCGUGG